AUGAUUUGGAAUGAACCCAUGAACCACCAUGACGGUUGUUAUUUUUGUUUGGUGAACAUAACGGGUAUUAACCGAAAAAAUCGAGCCAAAUGGGAAUAUCCUUCCUUACAAUCGGCACAUAGACGUGUCCUGAGCUCUAAGUCUACACCUGAACCUCAAUCUGGUACUUUACAGGAAGCGCCAGAAGAUUUUGAGACGAAAAAAGGCAGUAGUGAUAGUGACUUUGAUUGCGACCUGGGAACGCCCAAACCAUUUAAUCAAGAUGAUUUAAACGACUUAAUUAGAGAUCUGGGACUGUCAAAGUCAGUUUCAGAAAUUUUGGCUUCAAGGCUAAAAGAAAGAAAAUUGGUAACGAAUGAAACUACAAUUUCAUAUUACCGCACAAGAGAACAUAAUUUCCUCAAAUAUUUUGCUGAAGAAGACAAUUUCGUAUUUUGUGAAGAUGUACCUGGAUUGAUGGCUGCAAUGGGAUUACAAAAUUAUGUUUCCAGUUAG